GGUAAUGUGCAGACGCUAGACUCAGGACGAAGCACAUCCGCCGCCUAAAAGACUUGUUCUUGUAAACGACUCACUUGUCCUCUUAACUCCAUACCGCCGCACCUUCACGUCAACACAGUGCGCGAUGCCUCUAAGCGUCUGGUCGAUUACUGCCACGGUGUGCGCAGCCCUGUUGACCUAUACACCCUAGAUAUCCUAGCUUCCUUCCGGCGCUCGGUAGCGCCGCGCAGUGUCGCUUGGCCUGGACAUCCGGGGGAGGCAUCCUAGACUUGAGGCCACCGUCAUGUCCUCCAGCGGCAAAUCGCACGCUGCUAUGGUGCAGCUGGGCGUGCAGAGUGCAUUGCGCUAUCAGCUGUUGAAUGGAGCCGCCGCCUCGCCGUCAUCUGCCCUCUCAACUUCAGCGCCCAGCUUCCGCUCGCGGGCAGCGCCAGGCAGCAUGUCUUCCGUCGCCGCAGCCACGAGCGCAGACAGCGGAAGCCUCGGCGUACGGUCCUCCAGCCCCCUGCCCACCGGCCACACCACCCUCCUGCGCCACGACUUGACCUCAUAUCGCCCCCUGUCCGCCGCGUCACCGGCGGCAGUAUCCGCUGCGGGGACGGGCGCCCGCAGCCGCGUGGGCUCGGGUUCGGACUCAAGGACCGGCGUCAUGUCGGGCUCAGGCAUGCUGCUUGAUGACGGCCGCAGCGUGUGCGCCACGCACGGCAGUGCCAGCGGCGCCAGUAGGGCGAGCCAUGGAAGCAACGGCAGCAGCGGUUGUUACGCUGCAACACCCGUCAACACUGGCGGCGUCAGGGGCGGCCUUACCGCCGCGCGCACGACGCCGGCCUCGCCGCCGCGGCCCGUCAGGCGGCCCCCUUCGGCCGCCUCGGCGGCCCCUAUGACUGCAUGGGCGCCCUCUUCCCAGAGCUCUGCCACAAAGACCCCGCGCGGCGGCAGCCAACACGUGAGCUCCCUCAUCAGUGGGGUACUGGCAGACAACGCCGCCAGGCGCCGCAGCAGCCUGGCGCGCGCGAAGCAGCAGCCGCGAGCUUCUCACAGCACCGCCGCCGCUGCUGCAACCGGCGGGACAGGUAGGAAUUCACCUGUGUCGCCAGUGGCGAGGCCUGCGGCGCCGGCCGCGGCGCCGCGCACCCCGCGCACAGCUGCCGAGUACCGCCACGGUAUGAGCACGUAUGACAGCAUACGGCACGACCUCAUGGCCGGCGGCCAGCGCCUCGGCAGCAGCGGCACUUCGUCCGCCGCCUACAACACCGCUGUGAGCAGCGCUCCCCCGACUCCUCCUCCAGCACCACCAACGCCGCCGCAGUCUCAAAAGCUACCGCAACCGCCAGCCGGUGCCCGACCCGCAUGGAUUGGCACCACUGCCAUGCCAAGGCGCCCCCAGCGCCCGCCCGCAGCCCCGAUGACGACGACUUCCCUGCCAGAGGAAGCACCGGCGGUGGCGGUGACAGCAACACGCCGCGUGUCCUCCGCACGGCCAGCGAAGGCUAGCGACGAGCUUUUUUCGCCCCAGGGCCCCGGCGCCCCCUUCUCGUACCCGGCUUCGCCGCUUGCAGCUGUGGCAUCAGAGGGCGGCGCUGGAAACUCAGCCGGCGGCGGCCGUGCCGCACGUCGCAGCAGCGCUUUCCACCGUGGACACGCCGGCAUCAUGGCCACCGCCGAUGCUGACGCCGGCUUCAACCUCUCUGCCGGGACCACUCCAAGCGGCAAGCCUCUCACCGCCGUGCAGGCGUACCUGCGCGAGGCCGAGCUGCCGCCAUCCCGCCGCCGCAGCACCUUCAGCCCGUACGCGGCAUCCGCAGCAACCCUCAGCACUGGCGGCACGGGGGCUAGUGGCGGUGUCCUGCCACUGCCGCGGCGCCGCAGCAGCGCCGCAUCCCGCCGGCGGUCGAGCGCCGCCGCCGCCGGUGCUACUGCAAGUGGCGGACCGGGGUCGUGGGCUGCGGGGAGGGGCACGGCGGCGCCUGCCGUGAUGUCAAUAGCCGAGGCCGCAGCCAUCGUGGCGCAGGAGCAGGAGGAGAAGGAGGAGGAGGCGGCACGGGAGGCGGCUGCCGCAGCCGCUGCCAAAGAGGCGGCGAUCGCUGCAGCAGCGAGCGCGGCAAUCAGGGGCCAGCGGCCGUCAUCGAUUGCACCGCCCACGCCGCCGCGGGGCGGUUGGGGCCAGCAGCAGGUGCCUCUCCCCAUGGGCGAUGGGGCGCAGGGCGGAGGCGCAAAGGCAGGCGACGACGGCAUCCAGGAUGUUGAUGAGGAGGUAGAGGAGGAAGAAGAGGAAGAGGAGAGGGAGCAAUACUCCGGUGGUGCCCCCACCUUCCUCUCCAGCCUGAUGCAGCUGCGGGAUGCGGCUGGCUCUCCAGCAGCUGACGCCCGCGGCAGCCGGAGCGGCAGCGCUGCCAGCGGCAGGGCUGCUGCUUCCGCUGCCUCAGCUGCUACUAGCCGGGCCACUGGCAUGAGCAGCAUCAGCAGUGAGCGGGGGCACCAGAGGCAUGGGGGCGGCGGAGUGGCGGCGGUGCUGGGCAAAAUCCUGUCACGGGACUCCAUAGUGGCGAGCAACCGCAUCCUGUCAGGCCAGGCGCAUCUCCGGACGCGACAGGCGGCGCAGUCCUCCCUGGAUGCCAUCCUAGCUGCUGAGGCCGCCUCCAGCGCAAGCGCUGCCGCCUCCAAUGGGGCCACAACAGCGGCGGUGCGUGAGGUGCGUAAGCUGCAUGACGAAGCAUCGGCCUGGCACCAGGACGACACGUCCUGCGGCCCGGCGGCCACUGGCGCGGAGGGCAGCGGCAACGGUGGCGGCGGGGUUGGGGCCAAGAAGCGGCGGGCACCGGGCCCUGGCGGCAUGGACCACUACCGGCUGCGAGCGGCGGCGCGCAUGGACGCACGUGACCUGGGCGCCGCCAAGUGGUCCAGCCACACGGCAAAGGCCGCCGCCCUAGGGCCGCCGUCCGCGGCCUCGCGCAACAGCGGCGCCCGGCGGCGCCUCAUCCUUUUCGGCGGCGCCAGCGAGCAGGGCCACCAUCACGGCGGAAGCGGCGGCGCCGGUGCGGGCGAGUCUUUCUUGUUGACGACUGCCGCAGAUGCUAGAGGCGCUGGAGGGGGUAGCGGGAAAGCAGGUGGCGCCGGAGGUGGGAGUGGCGGCGGUGGUGGGGGUGGGGCUGGUGGCACGCGGCGGGUGCUGACGGUGGCUGAGCAGCAGGCGCAGCGGCCCCAGGCAAUCAUCUACCAGGAGUGUGUGUACCCAGUGGCUGCUCGUGCUUGAUGCCAGUGUGUGCGAUCCGCCUGUGCCAACUGCCAAGCUGCGCUAACGAUGGGUCCCAUGGGUCCCAUGGGUCCCAUGCAUUGUCAUAGCUGUCUCCAUCACUCUAGACACAAAUACACCACUCUAGACACCUACACCAUGACGCUGAUCACUAUUGACAAGCCGCUGGUGACCCUGAAAGUCAAGGCUGUAAAGGCGUUCCUGA